CGCAAAAGUAAUAGUAGGAAGUAAAAAAACUCUGAAAUGUCCUACAAAUUGAAGUGUUAAGAAGUCUCGGAAAAGCUAAGAUGAAUGAAGUGCUGUUAAACAAAUUGGCGUAAAAAAGUUUUUGAAUAUUUCUACAAAGUUUACUCCGAACUUGAAUAAAGUUUUUCAGGAUGCAGAUGAAGAGUUUCGUAAUUUUGCUGCAUAUAUUGAUGUUGCACGCCUAUGGGAUGAGGCAUAUGAUAAAUAUUCAUAGUUUGAAGGAGCAACCAGGCCGCGAAGUUGAAAAAACCCCAGAGGUGAAUAAAAUCGUGGCAGCGGAAGAAAAGGGUACAACCAUCGAAAGUGAAAAUAUGCAUAACUUACGAGAUUUAAGUGCCAACGCGACAGAGCUAAUCGUUACAAUAGCUUCCAAUACUAACGAAAGAGCGCUACACUUCGCUAAACCAGGAAAGUCGCCAGGUUUAGCGAUCAAGUCUACACGGCCAAGCACACUUUUCGGAACUGAGGCGAAACCGUUUAAUAUACUCAAUCAAUUGAAAUUGGAUGAAAUACGUGAUGCUCAGACAGAGUUGUUGUCCAAUCCAGGACGCAUAAAGGCGCUUAAAAAGAAGAAAAAGAAAAAGAAGAAGAAGCGGAAGAAAAAUAAGAAAAAGCAAAAGCCCAUUGGCGAAGAGGCCACGAUUUUCUAUACUCAACUCACCACAAAGAAACCUCAUUAUUACUAUCACAAAUUGACGACUACAAAAGUGCCAAAGAAAAUCAAGUACAUUGUGCGCAAGAAGAAUGUUUUGAAGAAGAAAAAGAAAGAAUAUCUAAAUCACUUGAAACAUGUGUUCUACCCGUUUAUCAAGUUUGUCGCCUUUUUUACGGUACUCAAUCCAUUCACAUUAAAAGUUUUUAUAUUUGCACUCAUUUCGCCAGUGGUUUUUGGAUUUUUAGGUUUUAUGGCGCUAAGUUUUAUGGUAAAACCGGCACUUCAUCUCAUUUUUGAUGUCAAAAAGCGUGUAGACAUUAUCAAACACAAGAAAUGGCUCGCGAAAAAGCGACGUGAACGUUGGCGUUACGGUCGACGUCCGAUCACUAUACACAAACACUAUUACAAGAAUGUGGUUGUGCCGCGGCCACCAAAACCGAAGCCGCCCAGUUGGCCUGAGUGGGUGCAUGGCGAUCAAAUUGAUUUUAGCACAAAGCUUCAAGCCAAGUCUAUGCCAAAGGAGCUCUAUAGACGUCACCAACAUCGUAAGCACUUUAGACCCGCAAACCAUCAUUUCAAUCCGAUAUUGCCAGAGGUUGAAGAUGAAAUUGAAGAUUGGCCCUAUGGAUCCUCGCGAUUUGAUAACUUCAAUGGCAAAAAACCACUGAGAAACGUAGACCAGCGAUUACCAUCAGCAAUGGGGUAUACGUUUAAGCGCCCGCACCUACCUAUUGUAAAACCUGGGAAUAUUGGACCAUCGCGCUUCCAAAACAAGCAUCCAAAGACUUCAGUGCCUAGUGUAUCAGCUGAGUAUGAGGAUGCCCCAUUUACAUUGUUAUAA